CUGGUGGAUGUGGCUGGAGGACAUGAGGUGUGUUAACCUAGUUAUUAUAGUAGGCCAGCGAUUAAGGUCUUGUAACAUACUGGAGUUUCAACCAUGAUUGUGUGCUUUUGCAGGAAAUUUCAAGGAAAGAGAAACUGUCUCUUGCAGUUGUCACCUACAUUGGUUGCAUCAUAUCCACCGUAUGUCUCUCCAUGACUGUGGUCUUCUACCUGGCCAUGGGGAAGAAGCUGUUUUCUGCAGUGCACUACUUUGUCCACCUCAACCUGGCAAUAUCUCUACUGCUGGGAUAUGUGGUCUUCAUGUUUGGAAUUGAACUGGGCACCAGCACCAGGGGAGGGUGUGGAUUUGUGGCAGCACUUUUGCAGUACCUCUUCCUGUCAGCCUUCUGCUGGAUGAUGUGUGAGGGGAUCAUGCUCUACCUGUUGUUGACUUUGGUCUUCAGUAGUUUAUCAAAGAAGUGGUGGAUGUUUAUGAUACUUGGCUACUGUACUCCUUUGUUGUUUGUGAUAAUUGGACUGGCAGCACGUGCAGAGUAUUAUGGGGUACAUGGUGAUGAUGGAGAGCUUUCCUUCUGCUGGCUUUCAACAGAGCAAGGGACAAUCUUUGCAUUUGUGAUACCAAUGAUAAUCAUCGUCCUGAUCAACACAGUGUUCCUGGUGUUAGCUCUAUCAGCAUUGCUACGCAGUAUAUCCAUGAAGAAAUUUGAGGCAAUGGAAAAGAAAAAGUCUAUCAAGCUAGCAAAAACACUUCUGAAAUCAACUGCAAUUCUACUGCCUUUGCUGGGACUGACAUGGCUGUUUGGUCUCUUGGCCCUCAACAGCCAUACCACUGUCUUUGCCUGGCUCUUCACCAUCUUCAACUCCCUCCAGGGAACUUCCAUAUUCUUUCUCCACGUCAUGAGAAACAGAACUAUGAGGAACAAGAUAUCUCUACUGCUCCCAUGUCUGAAGAUGAAAUAUCUCUCAAAAACAAUGUUCUACUCUGGAUUCGAAGGUCAUUUAAGGGCAUAUAUACUUCUCCAGAAACCAUCACUUGAUUCGAAUGAAGAGAGUCACCCAACUGGCCAGACAUCCCUGGCAACAAAGGAAUCACAGACAGAGACUGAGGCUCAGGAGCUAGAGAGCAACAGAAGCAGUGUAGCUGCUGACAAGGACGACCUGGAGCCCUUGUAUUCUGUAGCUGGAGGGUCAGAAAAACACAAUGGGACCAGGAGAAACUUCCUAACAGAGUCUUUACUACUAAGAGGCCGAUCUAGAGACAACACUGAGCCUGGAAAAUUUACAAUGUGACUGAAAACUUAUUACUUAUUAGUGGUCAAAUGUGUUGCUAAACACUAUUGACGGUACCUGCAUUCUUGUCAACAACUCUUCCUUACAUCUAUUGUGUAUGAUACACUGCAUUUCCUCAUGUGUACCAGUGUGAUUCUUAGAGUGUAAAAGACAA